GGAAUCCCCAUAUGUUAUGUACAAGAAAAAUCACGAAAUGUUUGAAGGAAAUGACAAGUAUGAAGGAUACUGUGUAGAUUUGGCAUCUGAAAUUGCAAAACAUAUUGGUAUCAAGUAUAAAAUUGCCAUUGUCCCUGAUGGAAAGUAUGGAGCAAGGGACGCGGACACAAAAAUCUGGAAUGGGAUGGUAGGAGAACUUGUUUAUGGGCUCUGUUACUGGAGUUUCUGGAAAAGUGUUCUGGAAAACCCUCACAUGUGGCCUCAGCACACACCUGGUGGUGGCCAAGAAGCACAGGAAUCUCCUCUGCCCUCAGGGCCUUUCUGCCUGUGGCCCUGUGCACCACACCAAGUCCAUUCUGUGUCUUCUGUUGCGCCUUCACUGGCCCUGCUCUGCUUGUGUGCAUGGAUUUUAAUUCCGGGGAGUACUCCUCCAAGCACAUUCCGUGGCCUGCCAGCACCAGGAUUACCUGUGAAAGCAGAGAUUGCUAUUGCCCCUCUGACAAUCACUUUGGUCCGAGAGGAGGUCAUUGACUUCUCUAAGCCCUUCAUGAGCUUGGGCAUCUCUAUAAUGAUCAAAAAGCCUCAGAAAUCUAAACCAGGAGUGUUUUCCUUCUUGGAUCCUCUGGCCUAUGAGAUUUGGAUGUGCAUAGUCUUUGCCUACAUUGGUGUCAGCGUGGUCUUAUUCCUAGUUAGCAGGUUUAGUCCAUAUGAGUGGCAUACAGAAGAGCCAGAGGAUGGAAAGGAAGGACCCAGCGACCAGCCUCCCAAUGAGUUUGGCAUCUUUAACAGCCUCUGGUUUUCCCUGGGUGCCUUUAUGCAGCAAGGAUGUGACAUUUCACCCAGAUCCCUCUCAGGUCGAAUUGUUGGAGGUGUUUGGUGGUUCUUUACACUCAUCAUUAUAUCAUCUUAUACCGCUAACCUCGCCGCUUUCCUGACGGUUGAGCGAAUGGUCUCCCCCAUAGAAAGUGCGGAAGACCUGGCCAAACAAACAGAAAUUGCCUAUGGAACACUGGAUUCAGGGUCAACCAAAGAAUUCUUCAGAAGAUCCAAAAUCGCGGUGUACGAGAAGAUGUGGACGUACAUGCGGUCGGCGGAGCCGUCGGUGUUCACGCGGACCACGGCGGAGGGCGUGGCGCGCGUGCGCAAGUCCAAGGGCAAAGUUCGCCUUCCUGCUGGAGUCCACGAUGAACGAGUACAUCGAGCAGCAUUAACCGGAGGUGGUAUCGGUGCUAACGCUGUGACCGCAUCUGUCCGUAGACGGAAUCACCACCCCGCGGGAGGCUGGGCUCUGAUUCUACGGCGCUUACUGCACUCACACUCUCACCCGUUGCAAAGGGAGUGUGGUUGUGAGAAAUUCAAAGCCAAGGAGCAGAGAAACAUCUAUGGAAAGUAG